GUAGGGAGCCCCUUCCUCCCCUUCCCCCCUUCCUCCCUUCUUCUUCUUCCUCCUCCUCCUCCUCCUCCUCCUGCCGCUGUCCCAGGCUGUGGAAGGCGAAGGGGCAGAGCCCGGCGGGGGGUGGGGGAGGGAGGGGCACGGGGGGUGCCCCCAAGGGGCUCCCCAGGAAAUCUCCGCCAUCCUCGUGUCCCUUCUCCGCCCUCCCCGCGAAGUUCAAGGGAAGAGCCCAGGAUGGUUGAGAACUCUCCGGCCCCGCUGCCAGAAAGGGCAAUUUACGGAUUUGCGCUUUUUUUGGGCUCGUGGUUUGGCUUCAUUUUGUACCUUAUCUGGGCUUAUAUUCCUGAGACUUGGCUCUUCUCCCUGGGACUGACAUACUGGCCUCAAAAGUACUGGGCAGUUGCUCUGCCAGUUUAUCUCCUGGUGGCAGUGGGAAUUGGGUAUAUUUUGCUUUUUGGGAUUAACAUGAUGAGCACAGCUCCACUCAACUCCACUCACACCAUCACAGAUAACUUUGCAAAAAAGCAGCAGCAGAAGAAAUUCCAAGAGGAGGCAAUUCCAGCCCUGAGAGAUAUUCCCAUCAGUGAAGUCAACAGGAUGUUCUUCCUCCCUGAAAAAGGGAUCUGCAACAGCAGAUAGUUGUUGUUAAAAUCUGUUUGGACAAAGGAUUAAUAAAACUUACAGAGUUUUACUAUUUAAAACCUCUCCAAGCUAAAAAUAAAAACUCUCAGCUUUUUUUUUUCCCUGGAUUUCUAAUUAAAUUUAUUAUUAUUAUUAUUAUUAUUAUUAUUAUUAUUAUCAUUAUUAUUCACCUUAAUAACCUGCAUUCCUCUGAAAAUUAUGCCCCAAUAAUUUAUCUGGUUAUUCUUUAGAAAUUGAAAAAGUGGCUUGAAAAGUGUUCUGUUACUUGCAGCUUUCUGCUUGGAAUUCCCCUCUGAGAGGGAAAAAAGAGCAGCUUUUAGACAGAGUUUAGUUCUAUUUCUCUUUGAAUUCAGGGAGAGAAAAUGUGUUUUGCCAGUCAAACACUUGAGGAUCUUUUUUUCAUUAUUAACUGGAAGUGUUUGCAUUGUAAAGAUAUUAUUAGCUGUUGUAAAUAUUAAUAAAAUGUGGCUGUUUUUUCCAUCUUCACCAUUUACCUGUGGUUCUGGGAGGUUUCUCCUGGGCUGAGGUGAUAAAUGAUCCAUUUUCCUUCACACAAUUCUUUAUUUAGCCAAAUCUGUUGAUCCCCCAGCCCCCAAAAUAUCAGAUUUACUGAGUUACCAAAAAUAAUAAAGGUGGGUUGAGAAGAUUUGAUGAAA